AGGUGCUUAGUACGUAAUUUACGUCUCUGGAAUAUGCAGUGAUUCACGGUAUUGGAAACUGUAUAUGUUGUCGCCGUAGGUCUGGUGUCUUCUGCUUGAGAAUACGUUAUUUGUGUUUGUAAUUAAAGUCGUAUAUCCAAAGGAUGAAUCGUCUAUUUGGAAGAGGGAAACCAAAGGAGCCUCCACCAAACAUAAAUGACUGCAUUUCUGGUGUUGAUAGCAGAGCUGAAUCGGUUGACAAGAAAAUUGCUCGAUUGGAUGCAGAACUCAAGAAAUAUAAAGAUCAGAUGAAGAAGAUGAGAGAAGGACCUGCAAAAAAUGCUGUUAAGCAGAAAGCGUUAAGAAUACUUAAACAGAGGAAAAUGUACGAACAGCAGUCGGAUAAUCUGCGACAGCAAGCGUUCAACAUGGAGCAGGCCAAUUUUGCGUGUCAGACUCUUAAAGAUACGCAUGCCACGGUUGCUGCCAUGAAGACUGGAGUCAAGCAGAUGCAGAAGGAAUUCAAGAAAAUCAAUAUUGAUGACAUUGAGGAUAUGCAAGAUGAAAUGGCUGACAUGUUGGAUCAAGCUGAUGAGGUACAAGAUGCUCUUGGAAGAAGUUAUGGUACUCCGGAGAUUGAUGAAGAUGAAUUAGAGGCAGAACUGGAUGCUCUGGGUGAUGAAAUUGCUCUUGAUGAUGACACUUCUUAUCUGGAUGACGCUGUUAAAGCUCCCAGUGCACCUGAGAAGGAACCGGGAGCUGAUUCCACAAUGAAUAAGGAUGGCGUAUUGGUCGAUGAGUUUGGUCUGCCGCAGAUUCCAGCCUCAUAAAAGUGCUUUACUCUGUGCGCACUUUGUAAAUUUCCCUGGUACAUUUAAGUCUGAAAGCUAGUUGAACGAAAGAGCUAAUUUAAAAUAAAUUUACGAUCUUGUUCCUUCGGUAAGUAUGAAUGAAACGUCAGGUCCUACUUCUUAGGAGAAAUUCCGUAUAAAAUAUAAAUUGCUUUCGUCUGUCCAUUAACUGAAGAGCCUUACACGGCUGUCUGAUCGCUGUGACACGACGUAGAAUAUGUAGCGCGUAGAUUAUAGGAGAUCAUGUGCCUAUUUUGCUUAUUGUUUAUGCGUAUAUUGCCGUCAACAGUUUCUUAUCGCAAAUAAUUUUCUUCGUGCUCCUUUUAGUUAAAUACGAGGUAGUAUUUUCAGUUUGUCAGGAUGACGGUGAUGAAACCACGUCGAGACUCGCUCGUCAGCAACAGGACUAGACAUGGUGCAAUAGUUCAAAGUAUCAGGAUUGGUCCCGUGGGAUAGGAAACUGUCUCAACGUCUUUUAAGCUAAGGAAUGUAGGACUUACAUACAAGGGGUCGUGUUACUGGCCGCAACACAAAUUUUUCUGUGACUGAAUGUAUUACAUUUGUCUGGAAGAAUGUUAUUCCAGGAACCGUGACAACGUGAAGACCAGGGACGUUUGCCGUGUACUUUUAACGAAGAUUGCGUUUCUCUUGGUAUUACAUCUCAUCUUCCUGUAUAAAAUAUGCUUCAAAGAAAAUUUGUUUAUGUAACAUGUAUUUUCAUUUUCAUUUUGUUAAAUAUAUUACAGUAAUAAAUUUUAUGAGAUUUGACAGCGUGUUGGAAAGACGUGCUUUGAAGUAAUGUUUGUGAGGGACCCUGAUGUUGUUAUAGUAUUUUAA